CGGAAUCUUUUUCCUGUUCUCAGCGGAGCACGGAACAUGUGACAGUUACACCAGUAAUGCUAACCAGCUGUUUAGCUGUCUUUGCCGGUUGUAUCAGUCACUCGCGUACAGUUUUUCACCAUUCCGCUGUAUUUAGUUAACUGCUACAAAUCUGCGUGACAGUGACUGUGUUGUUUAUGCGUCAGGAUUUAAUGCAGCGGAGGGGCUAAAAUGAGAGAAGGGUGAGUGUGUCUGUUCUGCUAGACAUAGCUAACCAAGGUUGCUAGUGAUAGCAAGCUAACGUGAGCCUAAGAGAAAGACGAGGAAAUAGCUUUGACCAAGCUAACACCUCGUUGCUAGCAGAUAUUAAGUUGGGACAGGUUUAAUUUUGAUUGAUUGUGUGGUUGAACGCGUCAGACUCUGUGUAGUGCAUUCGCCUCCCCGUCCCAUCAGCCCCAAAUAGAUGUAUUUGUUAAGCUACAGGCGUUAACGUUAAGUUAAUUAGCCUUGGGGUUAGCUAAGCUAGCUAACGCUAACUGUCAACGUAGGGCUCACAUUUUUGCUCUUUAGGCUGGAAGCUGAAAUUUGCUCCAUGUGAAUCGGAUUAAACAUCUCGUAAUUGUGUUCUAUGUGUCAAGUUUCGAGUUUUUUCUUGGCAUCAGAAUGGAUCUAAUGGAUCACCAAUCGUAGUGCUCCACCCAGGUCCUGAGCAUUUACUGGGUAGCUGCAUCUGUUUCUACUGAGCCAACAUCUACGCUUAUCAUCUAAAUUGGGGUUGAUGAUUACUUCGUUGAUCGUCAUAUAAGUAUUUUUUGUAACACUGUUACACUGUGCAGCAAGCAUAUAUGGUAAACAUGCACCGAUCUCCAGGAGCAAACGCCUUCUGCUCCUGUGUGGCAAGUGGACUGACUGCAGUAGUGGAAGUCACGUCUUCAGUUGUGUGUUAAGCUGAACAAAGAAUGGUAGAGUGUGUGUGUUGUGUGACUCAGCCAGUGUCUUGCCAUGGAGAAGCCCUGGAGGCUGUGGGGGGCAAUGGAACGUUGUACCCUGACUCUGAUUUCCUGGUCCUGGGGUGCCUGUCGAGUCUCCCUUUUGGCCCUCAUCCUCACCUUCCACCUGUAUGGAGGAUUUUUUCUACUUGCGCUCAUCCUAGCUUCAGUGGCUGGCAUCCUCUACAAGUUUCAGGAUGUGCUCCUCUACUUCCCUGACCAGCCUUCCUCCUCCCGCCUUUAUGUCCCCAUGCCAACAGGAAUCCCACAUGAGAAUGUGUACAUCCGCACCAAAGAUGGCGUGAAGCUCAACCUCAUCUUGCUUCGCUACACAGGAGGGGAUUCCACUUCUGGAGUUGCUUCUGGUAAUCAAAGCAGCCCCACAUCCUCCGCUCCUCCAACCAUCCUGUAUUUCCAUGGUAAUGCGGGUAAUAUUGGCCACCGAGUGCCAAAUGCCCUGUUGAUGCUGGUCAAUCUGAAAGCAAACAUAGUGCUGGUGGACUACCGUGGCUAUGGGAAGAGUGAGGGUGAGCCCAGUGAGGAUGGGCUUUACCUGGAUGCUGAGGCCACACUGGAUUAUGUAAUGACCCGACCUGAUCUGGAUAAGACAAAAGUGGUACUCUUUGGCCGUUCACUGGGAGGCGCUGUGGCUGUGCGCUUGGCGUCAGUCAACCCUCAUCGUGUAGCGGCCAUCAUUGUUGAAAACACCUUCCUCAGCAUCCCUCACAUGGCAGCAACACUCUUUACCUUCAUGCCCAUGCGCUUGCUGCCCUUGUGGUGCUAUAGGAAUCAGUUCCUGUCCUAUCGACAGGUGACACUGUGCCGCAUGCCUUCACUGUUUGUGUCUGGUUUGUCAGACCAGCUCAUUCCACCAGUUAUGAUGAAGCAACUGUACGAGCUGUCUCCAUCACGGACUAAACGUCUGGCCAUCUUUCCUGAGGGAACGCACAAUGAUACUUGGCAGUGUCAGGGCUACUUUGCUGCUUUGGAGCAGUUCAUGAAAGAACUGCUGAAGAACCAGGCUCACGAGGAGAGUGCUCAGUCCUCAGCUAGUGUCACAAUUAUCUGACAAAAAGGACCAAUAGGUGGAUGGGAUGGAAGUGGAGGACGUCAAAAAAGUUGGAUGGAGCUACUUUGUUGAUUUAUGAAAGAAUGUACAUUUUUAAUGCUUUUGUGUGGGUUUUUUAUUUUAUUUCACUUUGUGCAAAUUAAACAUUUCUUAAAAUGUGAUUAUUUGGGGGGUUUGGACAGGGAGCAAUGCCCUGGUGGGAUCUUUUGUGUUACAGCUAUGAAUGCAUGUAUUUAUGAAUGAAAACAGAACAUCCAUGCCCACACCACGAGGCAUGUCAUAACCACAGAGGAACGAUCUUUUAACAGUUCUGCUUUUCUAAGGAUUGUUGUGUUAAAAACACAUUACUGCUGGAAUUAAAAUGACAUUUCUUCUGAUAUACAAAAUGAGACACUGAGCCUGUGUACAUAUUUGUUAAUACAUUGCACUUUUUUGUUCUUUAAUGCUGAGCAAUACUUUCAGGAGCAUAACAAUGAUUUCAGUCCCCCUUGGCCAGUGAUCUUUAUUAUUGAGGAACUAUAACAGCUUAAUAAAUAUCCACUCUUUAUGUUUGGGUCAUUGGCAUUAAAACGUAAAAACAGUGACUGGUUAGUCACAAAGUGAUAGCUGAGUUGCUAAGAUAAGAGGACGUGGUUAAUACAUCUGCCCAUCAUAACAAAAACAUUCUUCAGCUCUUAUUUCCUGUUGUGGUAAUUCUGUUUGGUGAGAUUGGGACAAAGCUCUUCCUGUUAAUGAAUUAACUAGCACACAGAAUAGGGUUUGAGCACCUUUGAAUUCUGUAGGUUGGUAAUACUUUGUUUGGGUGAAAUAUGUUACUAAAGCGAUGGGUUUCGGUUUCUUCUGUGAGGUCUCUCUCCUACUACAGCAACAUAAUCCCUGUCUGUGCUACACUGAAAGAGCUGUAGUCUCCCAUUUAGACUAGCCACAGUGUUUCUAAACAGCUGUGGACAGUCAGAAUUAUUACAAAUGCUCCAAAUAGGUGUACAAAGUAUUAUAUUGCAACUGGGCCUGAAUCCAUCAUAAGAACUUAAUCUACAAUAUGAGCUAUUCCUAUUUAAAUGUUAUUAUUUUGUAGCCAUUCUAAUCAGCCUCAUUCUCUUUAACUGAUAAUUUGUGGUUUCAUCUGAUCCUGUGCUUACGUCGAACGUGGCUUUACUCAGUUGAGGGCUUUUAAUGAGUUAAUUGAGCUUUCCUGCACGUCUUCCAGGGGGUGGAGCAGAGCCUGACAAGUAAAACACUGUUUUCUGCUCCUGCUUUCCAGAUGCAGCAUGACAGACUGCAGUGGUAUCUAAGCCAUUUGAAUUCAGUCAACCGAUAUCUUUAGCCAUAUUUCAUACUGCUUGUCAACAGUAUGGUCAACAAACGGCACCAAAAUACCAAAUUUGUGUGUCAGCGUGACAACAGCUUGAAUGAUGGCUACCAAGAAUGUACAUUUUGUGACUUUUUCCACUGGUGGCACUAAACAGUUCCAGACAUUUUUGUAUUAUAUUCAUACAGUUUUUUUCUCAUUUGAUUUCUCACAGAUUUUUUUCUAAGUCUUGACAUUCGUGAGAGUUUGCAAGUUGCAAGCCGAUGUGCGAUUAUGCUGAGUUAGUCACAUUUCUACACUUGCACGUUGCUGACGUCAUUUGUGCACAUCGACCUACGCCCUGCAGCGACUACACGUGAAUUAAAUAGAUUAUGUAAAAACCUUUAUCUACAGUAUGUGACGCAGUGAGUUUGAGGCAUUUUCCAUUUUAGAGUGCUGUUUUUUUCUAUUCAAAACAGUGUCAACAACUUCUUUUGUAAGCACACAUUUUCACUUUCUAUUUUCUGUACUGUAACAUGCAAUAAAUUAAUACAUUAAAAUCA